AUAGAAAGGCCCGGCUCGCAUAACUAUUGGCAAGUCCAUCGUAUAUAACAAAGAGAAAGUAAAUUAGGGUUUAGAAGAUUGCAGCGCGAAGGGAUUAGAAAGGAGUGUUCGUUCGCCGCUGAAGUUUCUGUUGUGCUGCUUCUACAUUGCAAUCAUGAUCAUUACUGAGAAAAAUCGUAGAGAGAUCUGCAAAUACCUCUUUCAAGAGGGAGUUUGCUAUGCAAAGAAGGAUUUCAAUUUGGCUAAGCACCCAGAAAUUGAUGUGCCAAAUCUGCAAGUGAUUAAGCUGAUGCAGAGCUUCAAAUCUAGGGAAUAUGUGAGGGAAACUUUUGCUUGGAUGAACUAUUACUGGUUCCUUACCAAUGAUGGAAUUGAGUUUCUCAGGACUUAUUUGAAUCUUCCAUCUGAGAUUGUUCCUGCUACUUUGAAGAAGCAGGCUAAGCCAGCUGGAAGGCCCUUUGGUGGUCCUCCUGGUGAUCGCCCUAGGGGCCCACCAAGAUUUGAUGGAGAAAGGAGAUUUGGUGGUGACCGUGAUGGAUACCGUGGAGGCCCUAGAGGACCUGCUGGUGAAUUUGGAGGAGACAAAGGUGGAGCUCCAGCUGACUACAGGCCUUCUUUUGGGGGCCCUGGUGGUAGACCUGGCUUCGGUCGUGGUUCUGGUGGCUUUGGAGCACCAACUAGUUCAAACGAUGCUUAAAUGUAACGAUUUCCGCUUCAGCUCAUGCAGUUUUGGCUGUCAUUAGAUUCUAUAGUAUUUCCCCCUCCACUACAAGUUGUUUGAGACAUUUUAUUUUAUUAUUGUUAUUCAUGCAAUGAGAAUUUUGAAUCUAGUGUUUUUGCUUUAGUAGAAUGAUGAUUUUGUUAAUGUUUGGAUGAUAGAUCACUGUUGGUAAAAAUGCAUGUUCUAUUGAUGGUUCCUGAUUUUGGAUUAAAAAUGACUUGUACUUUGAAGAUA